UAUGAUUUUGAAUUGGAAUCAAUUGUUUUCCAGAAUGUCCUGACAAGACACCAGAAUGUCCUGACAAGACGCCAGAAUGUCCCGACAAGACGCCAGAAUGUCCCGACAAGACGCCAGAAUGUCCCGACAAGACGCCAGAAUGUCCCGACAAGACGCCAGAAUGUCCCGACAAGACGUCAGAAUGUCCCGACAAGACGCCAGAAUGUCCCGACAAGACACCAGAAUGUCCCGACAAGACGCCAGAAUGUCCCGACAAGACACCAGAAUGUCCCGACAAGACACCAGAAUGUCCCGACAAGACACCAGAAUGUCCCGACAAGGAAUCCAGGAAGAACCACUAAGAAUGGCCACCGAGACAGAGGAGCUAUCCAGGAAGAACCACUAAGAAUGGCCACCGAGACAGAGGAGCUAUCCAGGAAGAACCACUAAGAAUGGCCA